AUGGUUGUGAAUAAUCCAAAUAAUUGGCAUUGGGUCGAUAAGAACUGUUUGGCUUGGUCUAAGGAAUACUUUGACGAGAAGUUGACAGGUUUGCAUGUGGAGGAAGGUGCUAAAAAAGUUCAAGUUGCCAAUGUUUCCUCUGUUGAGGGUGACGUUGACGUCUCGCAAAGAAAGGGGAAAGUGAUAUCGUUGUUUGAUGUUCGAAUUGUGUUGACCUUUAAAGGGUCCAACGAUAAAGUUGACGACAUAAAUGGAUCAAUAACAGUCCCCGAGUUGGCAUAUGACAGCUCUUCUGAUGGAUUAGUGUUUGAUAUCAGUAUCUACAAUGAGUCAAGCGAAAAUUCAAGCAUCACAGACUUGAUCAAGGCAAAGUUGAUUCCAGAGUUGCGUAAGCGGUUGAUACAAUUUGGGCCCGAUUUGAUCGAAACAAACAGCAAGGAUAUUCAGUUGGAGGCAGAAAAAGUGACUUCUACUUAUACAAAAGCAAACUUGACUCAAAGCAGCAUGUCUGGUUCAAAGUCUGAACCAAAAGUGGACGCAAAGAGUGCUUCCGUGUCUAAACCUGCUGGAGCCCAACAAACGAAAUCACAGUCGUCAGUUCCAAAGUACAAUACAACAACGUUGCACCUCGAACCGACAUUCAACACCUCAGCAGAGCAGAUCUAUAUCACGUUGCUAGAUGCUUCCAGAAUUGCCGCAUGGACAAGGUCCCAUCCAGAAAUCGAGCAGUUCCCACCAAAAGAGGGUUCAUCAUUCAGGUUUUUUGGUGGAGCAGUUUUGGGAAAACUUUUAAAGUUGGUGCCAAAUGAACAAAUCGUCGAGUUGUGGAGAUUGCAAGACUGGAAAGAGGGCCACUAUGCAGAGUUGGACAUGAGGAUGAUUCAAAGCAGCGGAGAAACCAAAUUGGUUGUCAAAUUCAGUGGCAUUCCAAUUGGAGAGGAGGAGAGAGUCAGGGACAAUUUUGAAGAUAUGUACGUCAGGUCUAUAAAGAUCACUUUUGGAUUUGGUGCAGUUUUGUAA